AUGGCUCCACACAUGAAGAAACGCAAGGUUUUGGACGGCAUUAAGGGCCAGCCGAAGAAGAAGUUCAAAAAGCAGCGCAAUUAUCACAGCAGCUCCGACGAGGCCUCCGACGACGAGCCGACCGACUUCAAAGCAGUGGAUCUCGCUGAUUCCGAUGAGGAGGAAGAAAAGAAGCCAAAGAAAUCGAUCAAGGAACAGAAGAAGAACACAAAAUCAUUGGGUUCGCAGAACAAGAGAAAGGCCGAGGAGAGCGACGAUAGCGAAGACGGCGGCAACGACGACGAUGCGUCUGAUUCUGCAGGAUCUUCCGGCGCCGAUGAUGAUGAGGGCGAUGAGUCGGAUACUUCAUUGCCCGCGGGCAUCGAUCGCCGGUCAGUCCCCAAGCGAAAUGACCCAACCGCUUUCUCGACAUCCAUUUCCAAAAUUCUGGCCACCAAGCUCCCAACAUCAGCUCGAGCAGACCCUGUGUUGUCGCGCAGCAAGGUCGCCGCACAGACCACCGACAAUUUUGCAGAUGAGAAGUUGGACAGACAGGCAAGGGCCAAGCUCCGGGCAGAGAAGAAGGAGGAAUUGGAUCGCGGUCGGAUUCGCGACGUUCGGGGCAUUGACCGAGGCCAGGCAGGAGCCGUGGCCGAGGAGGAGAAGCGACUUCGCAAGACGGCGCAGCGGGGUGUGGUAAAGCUGUUCAACGCCGUCCGUGCUGCGCAGGUUCGCGGAGAAGAGGCGGCCAAGGAUGAGAGGAAGAAGGGAACCGUUGGUAUGGGUGAACGAGAGAAGGCCGUGAACGAGGUCAGCAAGCAGGGAUUCCUGGAGCUGAUCAGUGGGAAGAAGGGCAAACCAUUGAAUAUCGAAGAGGCUUAG